AUGGAGCAGCGAACUAUGGAUGUCAUCAUCGCAAGUGCUUGGUUCACACUCUCUUUAUACUGCAUUUUAGCAAACUUUCUGCUUUUUGCACUUAUCAGCAGUAGCAUCGAAAUGCGUACAUACACCAGCUACUGGAUCAUCAUUUCAUCCUCACUUUGUGAGAUCAGCUACUCACUGUACACUCUGUGCUUUAUGAUUCCUGCUACCCUACUACACGACACAUACUCCAGAGGUGACUCGACCUACAGUAUUAUAAUAACAGCUCUUUCUGGGUGCCUUUGGUAUAUCGAAAUAAUUCACAUUGCUCUGAUGGCAAUCAACAGCGAAAACACUCUUUUUCUAUUGUUUCUUUGUUAUGUUGUUGGAAUUGCGGUCUCUAUUCCUCUGCUUACACCAUGCUGCUACAUGUUAUAUGAUUCGUUUAAUUAUACAUCAUAUCCAGAAAACUCGCAAACAUGGUUUAUGACUUUGGAUUUAUGCUUGAAUAUCGUGAUUCUUGUUAUUGUCAUCACUUCCUAUACUGCAGUACUGCGGAAACUCCACACACUUCGACGCUCUUCUAAGCAGAUCUUGAACACCAAAAGGACCAGUUUUCAGACGAGCAAGGAGAUGCGACUGCUUGCGCAGUUCAAAUGUUUCAUUCAAGAGUUGAAAAUAGUGAUUUGGUCCAAAGUUUUCGGUAAAGAGAAGGGUCCAGGCAGUCGGGAAGUUAGUCUUGACUAUCACUAUCGCGUUGAAAGCGAAAUAGUGAAAAAAGAUCUGUCAAAAGUGCAACACCUUCCAACAAGCUGCGUACAGUCCUGCAACUGUCUGAAAGAUCUCGGAGUGAUAAAUGCGUUGACAAAACUUUGA